AGCAGAAUAAACCGUGUCCUUCCCAGACAGCAGCAGCACCACGUGUCGGCGACAGGUACAGCACCUGCUGCUCGGAGUGCGUCAGCAGCUCUCAGCAAGGUCGUCGAGCUGCAGGGAGAGGAGGAGCUAUCAAACAAAAGAGAGUACAGCUGCAGUAUCCUCUGAAGUAGUUUCCAAAGGAACCAGGAGAGAAAGAGCACUCAUAUAGUGGGGUCCACCAUGCUGAAGAGGAAAAGUGUCUCUUAUCCUCCUCCUUCAAACACCCAUGCUGUCUGACUUGCCCUCACCUUCCUCUCCACAACAAAACGUUGUCAUCGGUCAUCUGUCUUUUCAGAAUUUGAGGGAAACCCUAACAGAGAGACACACAACGCCUCUUUUGCCCCUUUGGAGAAGCUUCCAGCAUCUCAACACCUGUUAACAAGAAGAUCACAGUCUGGACCGACCUCAUCAAAAUGAAGAAGGGACUUCAAUGCAGUGGACAGACUCCAACAGGACAUAACAGUAUUGUGGACAAAGAGAGGGAGAUGUGGAGAGAAAAGGAGGAGAAGGAGUGGCAGAACAGGAGGGUUGAGAGGAAGCUCUUGGCGUUUUGGAUGUCCCUGUUCCAGAGGAGGUGGACCCUCUUCAGGGCCCGAGAGAGACCUGGCUUCCAACGUUCCACCUCGGCCUCCAGGCUGCUGAAGAGUGAGGCGUGAAGGAGGAAAGGAGGGGUCUGUGUGUGUGUGUGUGUGUGAGAGAGUGUGUGUGUGUGUGUGUGUGAGAGAGUGUGUAAGAGAGAGAGAGAGGGUCUGUCAGCUGCAAAGAGUGUCAGAAGAUGCCAAACAGACCUGCAUUAAGUGGACGUUUGUGUGGGUGUGUUUGUGUGUACUCCACCAAAGUGGAUGAAGUGAUCCAUGCCCUCCACUGAGGAUCUGUCUGAGUUAGACCUGAACCAAACUAAAUGAGUAUCUUUGUUCCAUGUUUUCUAAAGAAACAUCCUCUGGGCCAGGAACCAUCAAAUGUAACACAAAACGUGUCUGAGUGGAGGUAACAGUUCCUGCUGUAAACAGGAAAUGGGAUACACCACCUCAGCCUCAGGCUAGAGCUGAGCCUCAAGGCAACGAUGGGUUAAAAUCUGUCAGCUAUGGUGGUGACACAUCUGGUUCUGGAACUCCGCUUCCAGGGGAAGAAGCUGAGGGGCUUCACCUGCAAACUAACUCGCUCAGCCCACAACCUCCUACUAGAAAACUCCUGGAGCAUUAUGAAACAGGUCCUGCUCCCUUACCUGGUGUCUGGGCUGGGAAUGAUGGCAGCUGGGAUGGUCAUGGACGAAGUGCAACACUGGGAGGUGUUCCAAGAGAUCUCUGAGGUGUUUAUCUUGGUGCCAGCUCUGGUGGGGCUGAAGGGAAAUCUAGAAAUGACACUAACAUCCAGGCUGUCAACAGCAGCCAACACCGGACAGAUGGACGAGGCCCAGCAGCAGUGGAGGAUGGUGUUCUGCAACAUGGCCCUCUUUCAGGUGCAGGCCACAGUUGUGGGCUUCCUGGCAGCCGUAGCUGCUGUGGUUCUCGGUUGUCUGACCAGAGAGAGAGUAGAUGGUAUCCAGGCUGCCAUCUUGUGUGCCAGCAGCAUCACCACUGCUUUCAUCGCUGCGCUCGCUUUGGGGCUGGUGGUGGUGGCGGUAAUUAUUGGCUCCAGAAAGGUGGGCGUCAACCCAGAUAAUGUGGCCACGCCCAUUGCUGCCAGCCUCGGUGACCUCAUCACCCUGUCCUUGCUCGCUGGUGUCAGCAGCUUCUUCUUCACCUACAGAGACGUGUGGUACCUGCCCUCCAUGGUGUGUGGCUUCUUCCUACUCCUUAUCCCUGUCUGGGUCAUCAUGGCCAGCCGCAGUCCACCAAUCAGAGAACUCCUAAAGUCAGGCUGGCAGCCGGUUAUUUUGGCCAUGUCAAUCAGCAGUAUCGGCGGUCUGAUUCUGGAUAAAACUGCGAGCAACCCCAACUUUGAAGGCAUGGCUGUGUUCACUCCCAUCAUCAACGGUGUUGGAGGAAAUCUUGUGGCCAUCCAGGCGAGCAGGAUGUCUACGUACGUCCAUUACUGGAGUGUUCCUGGAGCUCUUCCAUUUAAAAUGAGAGCCGACUGUCCUGGACCCUGUGCCACCUUCUUCUCCUCAGACGUGAACUCUAAAUCAGCCAGAGUACUGGUCUCCCUUGUAGUGCCGGGUCACCUCCUCUUCCUGUACACAGUCCAGCUACUACAAGGAGGCCAUGCCCCCAUGACACCUACCUUCAUCAUCUGCUACCUAUGUGCAGCUCUGCUUCAGGUGGUGAUUCUGCUCUACUCUGCUGCCCUGAUGGUCUGCUGGCUGUGGAGGAGGAGCUUGGAUCCAGACAACUACUCCAUCCCCUACCUCACAGCUCUGGGGGACCUGCUGGGAACUGGUUUCUUAGCCCUGACCUUGAGAUUCCUCAUGAUGGCCAGCUCUAAUGGGACUGGACUUUGAAACAUUUAGUAUGCACUCAUUCAGUCCCAGUAUCUCCCCUCCUGUUAGACUGAAGCACGGCGCUGAGCUUACUGUGACUCCAGCAGAAAGACAAUGAAACAGAUAGACGAGUGACUGCUUUUGUCAGCUUACUUCUCACUGCAGAAAAGGAGAUGAUUAGAGGUGGUACAAUUUGACUAUAAAUCAAGCCAUAAUUGUACCACAAUCAUGCUUCACUGUUGGGGAAAAGGUUCUUAUGGAAUGUUCAUUUCUAUCACAUAAUGAGUAACAACAAAACUACAAUUUUGUCCUAAUUUACUAAACUGUGUAGGGGUGGUCAUAUCUGGAGUCUUCGGAGAGCUGUUCUACCCCCAAAAAUCGCCCUAAAUAUGGCAUAUGAUUAAAUAAUGCAUGGGGGUGGUAGUAUCAUUAUAUGAGGCUGUUAAUUAUUACCAGAACCUUGGACAUGUAUUAUGAAUCAUGGUGCUAAAUGCUAAAUUCCUGAGAACCUUUUCCAGAGGAGGUAAGACACAUUCUGCUAAAUGUUGGUUCUUGGUGGUUUUAAGGGGAGAAUUAAAUAUUUUGGAUGAAUAAAAGCCUGAAUCUCAAUCUGACUGAGAAUCUACCAGCAACCAAAGAGUAAUAAAUAGAACCAACAAUAUGCAGUUGAAAGGAUUAAGGAGGCUUAAAGGGGGCCUAUAAUGCAAAACUUCACUUUUUAAUUGUUUUUAAUCUUCCAUUUGGGUCUCUAAUGCUUCUGCAAACAGUCCAAACACACACACAAAAUAUUCAGCAAUUUCUUUGGCUAUAGUUUUAUUUUUUCUAGAAAGCGCGCGCUUUCAAAAGCUGCGUAAUUGUGACGUCAUAAUUACAUUGGCACCUAGCAACGUUACCAGAUUUACCCGACUAGCAACAGAAACGGAGCUCCACCCACUUGAUUUUGUCUCUCCAGCUGGUUUUACCUUAGACCCGCUUUACAAUGGCAACCCUCAAAGUCAGAUGUUCUGUUGUUUGCUGCAAAGAUCCAUGUGUGUCCAUGAACAUUCCUGCUGUUGGAUAAAAGACAAUUAUGGCUUCCUUUAUUUCUGAGGGCAAUGUUCCAGUCACUUUGCUGAAAACGCUACUAGUUUUUGCGAAUCGCUUCACCACGGACUGCUUUGAGAACUCACGUCAGAACAGGUCAAGAUUUGCAGAAUCAGUUCCUACUGUUCGUGGCAAAUCUGCAGAGGACAGACAUUAAAUACUUAUUGCUGUGUCUUAUAAGUUUAAGUUUCGUGUACAAAGUGCUGGUUGGGGGCGUGGCCAAAUACAGCUAAUUUGCAUAAAAGUGACAGAGCCCUAAAACAGCUAAUUCUGAUAGGAGCUCAAAAAAGGGGAAACUGAGGAGGUGAAAUCUCAUAUGUGUGAAAAAUUGUGUGAAAAAUGUAAUUAACAUGUUUUGUAUAACCCAUAGAUCCAUCCCAAAUGUUUAAAAGGAAGUAUAAUAGGUCACCUUUAAGGAGUUGGCACAGGUGAUAACAAAUAGAUGUACCAAACAUAUGCAAGAAAUUUGAAGCCGUUGCAAAACAGGGAUCUUCCAGUUCUGCCCUAAAGGGGGUAGAUAAAAAAAAAAGAUAUAUAUAUAUAUAUAAAAGGAAACGUUGAAGGUUCAUGUACUUUACAAUUUAGGUGCUUUAGUGUUGAGAAAAAGUGAGCAGAGUUUAAAAUCAUGCAGUUGAUAACUACUAAACACAAAACUUUUAGACUUUAUAUUUACUAUAGGUGUCGUUGCAUUGCUAGAAACAGAGAACAAAGCAAUAUUCAGGAAUAUUUUCAAUCAGCUCUGGUAAAUUCUCGACUAAAUCCAAGUUUUAACAUGAUUCCUCACAGUUUAUUUCUGUGCUCCUAAAAUAACUGCAUGGCCUGAAUUAGAGCACAAACCUGGACAGUUACACAUAAACACAGGCAACCGUAUGACUCUUAAACCAAUCGUAAACGUCUUUUGUACUUUGGUCCUUUGUCAAUAUUUGUGCACUGUUCACGACCGUCACCUCUCUAGAAACACCUCUUAGUGUGCAUAUGUAUGCCUAUUGUUAAUGAUAGAUGGCAGAUGCUUGUAUUAUGACCAGGUUUCAUAACUGAGUGUUCUGUAUGUCAAUAUAAACCAGAUGCUGUAAGAGUCUGGAUGAACAUGUUCAAUGUUUAUUAGGUACAUCUGUGUCUUGAUCAAAGUGCUGCUGAGUGCUGUCUCUUGUAUUUAACUUGUGUGUGUGUGUGUGUGUGUUUGUUCCAGUUCACAAACAAGUGUUUGGGAUCAGAUGGCUUAUUUUUGUGUGGAGCUUUUUUGGAAAAAAUGUCAAUAACUGUUUAUCCUGACUUGAGGCUUGGUUGAAUUUGUAGAGUUUGUUGCAUUUGUAAAAAUGAUUUGUUCAGUGAAAUAAAAGAUAAGACCAUC